AUGUCAUUCAAUACUGAAGAUGAAUUAUAUCCCAUUAUCAUUGAUAAUGGUUCUGGCACAAUCAAAGCCGGUUUUUCUGUUGACGAAAAACCUCGAGUAGUUUUUCCUACUGUAAUCGGCCGUUUACAUCAAGCGAAAAGUCUACCUCAAACAAAUAAUAAAGAUCAAUAUAUUGGAGAUGAAGCAAUAAAAACUAAAGAAAUUUUAUAUAUUAAUUAUCCUAUUGAAAACGGUAUUAUUACAAAUUGGGAUGAUAUGGAAAAAAUUUGGCAUCAUACAUUUUACAAUCAACUUCGUGUUUCACCAGAAGAACAUUCAGUUUUGCUCAGUGAAACACCAUUAAAUCCUAAAGCUAAUCGUGAAAAAAUGACAAAAAUUCUUUUCGAACAAUUUAAUAUACCUGCUAUGUAUGUAGCAAAUCAGAGUGUUCUUUCAUUUUAUUCUUUGGGUAAAACAGCUGGUGUUAUUCUUGAAUGUGGUGAUGAUGUUUCACAUACUGUACCAAUCAAUGAAGGGUAUCCUAUAUCACAUGCAAUUAAUCGUCUUGAUAUAGCUGGACGUGAUUUAACUAAUUUCAUGAUUCGAUUAUUAGCCGAACGUGGUUAUUCAUUUACAACGAUGGCUGAACGUGAAAUUGUUCGAGAUAUUAAAGAAAAACUUGGUUAUGUUGCAUUAGAUUUUGAACAAGAAUUAACAACUACAAGUCGUUUGAAUAAUAUCGAGAAUUAUAAAUUACCAGAUGGUCAAAUCAUAACUAUUGGUAAUGAACGUUUUCGAUGUCCUGAAGCACUUUUUGUACCAGUUACAAUGGAUCGCGAUGAACCUGGUAUUACUGAAACUGUUUAUAAUACAAUUAUGAAAUGUGAUAUUGAUAUUCGAAAAGAAUUAUAUGUGAAUAUUAUCCUUUCAGGAGGUGAGUUAUAA